GCGGAAACACGAUUUUGUAUAGAUCACAUCCGAUAUGUUGCUGUGAAGCACUAGAGGUUUCAGUUGUUAAAUCCCUUUUGAAAGUUAAAUAACUUUUUUUAGAGUGUGAUCGUCAUGUUUUCAAGCAAAGAGCGACCAAUUAAAAACGUGAAAUUUAAACGACUAGACGAACUGGUCCUACCGAAUGCCAAACUCAAGUUCUGCGUGGACCAACUUCAGAAUUUGAACUUCAUAUUCAAUAAACGUUUGGAGAGAGAUGAGGAGAACUUGGGAGCAGAAAAAUCAAUCCAACUGGCCAAGUCUGUGACAGAAAGGUUGGUUCAAAGGUUACUAUGCGGGGCAGCUUUGAUCGAUCCCAGAUUCGCCUCUAAAUUUUUAAUUAAUAGCCGAAUUGACCAAAACGAUGCCUUCACGACACACUUGGAAUACAUUGUUAGAUUAGACUCGUUAUCCACCCCAACGCUAUAUGAAUCCGAUGAGAUUCCUACAUAUGAAAUCCUGGAAGCUGAUAAGGACUGUCCAGCAGGUUAUGCUAGGAUCAGAUUGAAUUCCGAAACCUUUACAGCCUGGGAGGAGUUCAUUAAUUCUUUUGGGUUUCUUAGAAGAGAUCGUAUCCAGGCAAGGAUGGUGGAGCUUCUGGCACAAGCAGCAGCCAGCGAAAAGCCAAGUUCUCCUCUACAAGUAGACGAGUCUACCAUGUGCGGAAUACCAGGGAAAAUUAUGGAUCCGGUUACUUUACAUAACGUGUUAAAACUGCCUGCAAAUAGACAACUGUAUUAUGGCCCAGGUGGUAACGUGCCAAGGUUUCCUGAUACAAGAGAUUUUAGACUGGCCAUCGUAGACGAGCCUAACGGUAUUAAACUGAAAGUGGAGUUCUUAUCUCCGGCCCUGUCGAAUGUUUCUGUUCGGGUUACUAUUUUGUUGGCUAUCGGUGUAGACUCGUGGCCCUCUACGACAGAUUUUCCUGGUAGAGUGCCUCUUGGACAUUCGGAUUGUUUGUUGAACUAUCAAGCAGCUCAAACUGGUAUGUAUCUUGUUGGAUAUGGCGUCCACUCUUCCGCCUGGCAAAUAAGACUUCCAGCAGCUGAAUUUGUACUGCUAAACCAUUACGGACCAAACAGUACUGUCCGAACGAUUUUGGAUAUUUUAUACGAAAUAUUGUUCGAUAUAAACAGCUUCAGAAGGUUUCAGAAGCCUAUUUCUUAUAAAAUCCUCAACAGAUAUAUGUUGUUCACUUUAUUGAUGGAGGAACUUGAAGAAAAUACCAUAACGCCAUUUGUUGAUAUGGUGAAUUGGUCUCCGGCAUUCUUGUCUAGUUUGGUGCUAAAGAUCCUGGAUAGGUCUAUUACCAGGCUUAACAUGGAAUUCCAGCCCAACUAUUUCUUUAAAAAGGCAAAUCUCCUGGUCAACCCCGGACAUCUUUGCGACGACGACUUCAUGAUGGAAGCGAACAACGUCAAAAACUACAUGAUUCGCCUGUUUGAUGAAUCAUUAAUGUCCAAUAGAGGUAACAAUGACUUUUCCAAUCUCCUAAUUUUCCAAGAGUCUGAACUAAGCUUGUUUUACAAAUGGAAAGGGUUAGUGGAAGCUAUGAUACCUCCAUCUGGCACACGUGGCAGACGAUUGUGCUUCGCUGGGUCCAGGAACAGAAGGGAUAUCGCCCACACUCAAUACACCACUAGGCAGCUCGAGUAUAUCGGCUUAGUUUUGCAUAAUAUGUUGCUAGUAAGGCAACAAAUUUUACAACCUAAUUACGCACACUUCCCAGAUUAUGAAGAUCAUGAUGAUCCGGAAGACCACACCCUAGAAGACAUAAUUUUCAUCUUAGUAUCUUUACUAGACCAAGCGAAAGAGCAAUAUCUGGCAUCAGCGAAACCAAACAGCACAAACAAAACCAAAAUUAAAUCCAACUAUUCAGGGUACGUUUCGAAGCUUGUGGAUCUCAUCAGGAAAGAUAAGGAAGUUUUUUCAAAUAAAACCCCACUGGACCUUAACGAUGACCUGACUCUAGUCAAAGUGAUAUUAAAAUGGUUGUACAAGGCGAUGGAUCAAAAUAAGAAAUAUUUCGGUCCCAUUUUGAGGCCAUACUUGAACAAUGUGUUCCUGAGCAGCUACCAUGUUUCGUACCACUUGGAGCUCAUCAAGGAAAGAUUGAAGAGUGAUGAAGUAGAUGCCUUAGGCAGUUUUUGUAAUCUGGUUAAUUGUGGUACCGUUACACCGGCUCAAGGGCUUAUGGACUCUAUUAAUAAGAAAUGGCAGUGGGCAAACGACAUGUUAAAAAUGGUGGAAAAAAACACUUUGAGACUGGUUUUUGUUCAGGAUAAGGGCAAAGUGUACAGGCAUAUUUUGUCUUUACCAUCUUACAACAGGGGUGACACCGCCGGGAGUAGCAGUAAGACAUGGACCGAAAAGGCUUACAACGUGAAGUCAAUUUUGAGAAAAACUACUUUACCUGGGAGGAAUUACUUUAGUUCACUUGUGAGCGAAGAGAUUAAGCAUCAGGAGACUCCGCAGCAUGAAAACCUGAAAGUGAACAGUCCACUUACGGUGAUUUUUGGUAAAAAACAUCGGGUGGGACAACAUAGAUGUGCUGGGGAUUUGCUUAAGGCCAUGGCAGCAAUGCAAAAAUUGAGUGUAUUUCAAGAGGCAGCCUCUUUUUUACCAGAAGAAGAGCAGUCUAAACUUUUGGAAAUAAUUGAUAAUAUCCAUACGGCAAAAGCGAAAAAGUCCUUAGCGAAAAAAUGGUCCAGCACGUUGCCGCACAGCAGUAAGAUUAAUCCUGCUGGCGAAACGGCAACGUCGGUACAAAAAUACACGCCAAAAGAGGAAAGCGCCGGGAUCAGGAUAUGCCAAGAAGAAACACACAAACUGCGUAAGGCACUUUUAAGGAAUGAGAGCCUGCUAGGGACCAGCCGAGCGGCCAGACUUAAGGAGGACCAAAACGUCUUUUUGCUACAGGAGAAUUUUAGAAUUAAAUGUUUGGUUAAUCGGGCAGAAUCUUUUAAAUAAAAUUGGUAGUAACGUU